CCAUCCUUUCCAAGGGGCUGGAGGCGGGUAACGAUGCUUAUGGAGAGAAGGAACUUUUUCAUUGUGUCAACGUUACACGGGCGCACUCGCAAUGCCAGCUUGAUCCUGGUUGUUGAAUGCUAGCUCUUCUAAACUCUUGAAAAGCGCUUGGAGUUUGGCAGGGAGGAAUUUGCAAAUUGCUUCGUGCAAGAAAUACACGUAAAAGACUCAGCAACAAUGAGCUCCUCAGCACCACAGUCUGCUGACUGUGAAGGAAACGCCUCUUUCAACAGUGUGUUUGUGUCUCCUGGCACUUGGCGGCAGCCUCUCAGUGCUUCUGGCACCCCUGUCCUGGAGAGCUGCCCUGGGAACGAUGAUGAGCAGGAGAGGAAGCGGCGGCGGCGCUCCAGAGUUGUCGACUUGCAGUUUAGCACUGAAUCGCCUCUAUCCAUACAGUCCCCAUCCAGCAAGCAAGCAGAAACAUCAUUGCCAGCCAUCCCACAAUUGUCAAAUGCCCAGAUUGCAGAUCAUUAUUCCACAUGCAUCAAACUUUCAACGGAAAAUAAAAUCACCAGAAAGAAUGUAUUUGCUUUGCACCUCAUUGACUAUAUGACAGAAAUACUCAAACAAAAGGACUCUGAACCCACCAACUUUAAGGUAGCGGCUGGUACCCUGGAUGCCAGUGCAAAGAUCUAUGCAGCAAAAGUCGAUGCUGUCCAUGCAGAUGUUUAUAAAGUUCUUGGAGGUCUGGGCAAGGAUUCUGCCCACACGGGGCCUGUGGAGAGGGAGGAUACAGGAGGGGACAUGGCUUCUGAGAGUUCCAAGAAGCAUCUGAGCAAGAGGAAGCACCUGUACAAAACGAUUGAACAGAAUCUGAGUAACAUAAAUGUCUCUGAGGAAGAUCGUAGGUGUGAGAUUGACCCCAUGUUCCAGAGAACAGCAGCCUCCUUCGAUGAGUGCUGUACAACUGGUGUCUUCCUCACUAUGCUUCAUACGCACAGCUUUCUCAGCGAAGUCCUGUUUGAUUCCAUGGUUACCCCCUUGCCUUCUUCUGCGUCUUCUGAGUUACCAAGGUCUUCUCCUGUGAAAGUGGCAGACUUGAAGUCCAUCCUUCUGCAGUGUGUUGAAAAGAGUCCCAUUUGCCCUUCGUUGACUGGCUUCCUAUUUACUCAGUGGGACAGUGAAACCCAUAAUGAGUCAGUGUCAGCUCUAUUGGAUAAAUUUAAGAAGAGCGACCAGGCAUUUGACAUCAAUGCAGAGGCUGAUAGUGACCCUGGGGACUGUGCUGAGGACCCAGCAGAGGAUUAUUUUGAUGCUGACAUCGUGGACAGGACAGUUGCAAAGGAUCUUGGGGAGUUCUCCAAUAAGUUGGAGGCAUGUAGAAUAGCACCAGGAAGUUCAAGAAAAGAUGUCGUUUCUCUGGGGGAAGGAGAUGUUGGGUCCAUGUGCCUUCAUUUGUCCAUGAAUGCUAGAGAGUACUCAUACUUCAGCCCCCGAACCAUGUCCAUGUGGGCAGGCCCAGAGCAUUGGCGUUUCAAGCCUCACCAUAAAGGUGAUGCCAACUCUGAAAAAGUAAGCAAAAGAAAGACUGCAAAAAAAGUAUUUGAGAUACACUUUGAUGAUGAGGUUGAUUUUGAGCCUUACUUCUGCAAAACAAGGGCAGCUACAACUCUGUCCAAGUCAACCCUUGAAAGUCAAAACCAGAAAAGUAAUACCCUCCCUGCAGACUUCCAUUAUGAUCCACACAACCUCACCCGCCUCUUCCUUAAACCAGCAAGUAGGCUGUGGAAGAUGCCACUUCAGGACAACUCAUCCAGUCAUGAUGAUGAGGUUGCAGAGUAUAAUUAUGACAACCCGAAUGAUACCUCCAAUUUCUGUCCUGCAUUGCAGGAUGCUGGCAGCGAUGACGAUGAUGACCCUGUGGACUUCGUGGGCCAGGGUGGGAUGUUUGAAAUGACAGCCAAUCCUGCAGGAGGAGCAGGCCAGGAUGCAGAGCUCAAUGGAAGCGCCAAUGGGCUCCACAUCACCACCUAUGGUGAAUUUAACCUGGUAGCUGAGCCACAAAAGGUGAACAAGAUUGACAUUCAGUAUGCGAAGACGGCCAAGAAGAUGGACAUGAAGAGGCUCAAGCAGGCCAUGUGGUGCCUCCUGACAGAUGCCCACACGAAGCAGACUGAGGAAGAGAAGGAAGUCACAGAUAAAAAUGCCAAUUCUUCCGUGGUGUGUGGUCAGAAGGACUUCAGCAGCAUCAUCAAAGAUCUCCAUCACAGGCUCCCUUCCACAAUGGCACAGAACCUGUCUGUACCACUGGCAUUUGCAUGCCUCUUGCAUUUGGCUAAUGAAAAGAACCUGAAGCUAGAGGAUGUGGAGGAUUUGUCUGAAGUCUUAGUGGUGCAAGGAGAUUAAUGUGUGCCACUUGAGCAGAAUGAGAAGCUCUUAGACAACCUAGGAUGGAAUCUAUCCACCACUGAAGGUAUAAUGCCAACUGUGUGGCCUUGUUUGAGACCUCUGUCCAUUCACAGCUACCUCUCCUCUUGAGGAUUUCACUAACAGCAUCAGCCUGAUUCCAUCAAUACACGUGCUUGAUGAAACAAUUUGUGAGUUAUGAAUUUGGAACUGUGGACAGUCAGGAAGAGAGUGCUGUGGUGCUCUUAAUUAUUUUCCUUUUUUCUUUUUGUAUUUUUAAUAAAGUACUGAAAUACAUAUAUAAACAUAAAAGAAAU